ACAGACAGGAGAGUAGGUGAUGCAAAAGAGGCUAUAAAGAGGAGGUGUCUUGUUACCAGACUUCCAUUCACUCUCUGAAAAACACUCACUACUAUACUCUACACACACUACCACAAACACACACACACAUACAUAUAAAAUAUCAUGGCUUCAUCGAACAGACACUGGCCAAGCAUGUUCAAAUCCAAACCCUGCAACACCACAACUCACCAUCAAUGGCAGCAUCAGCAGCAUGACGUCAACUCCACUCUACUCUCUUCUCCUUGCACCCGUACCCCUUUCAACACCCCUGGGUGUGAAGAGAGAACCCCGGAGCCGAAACCGAGAUGGAACCCUAGACCGGAGCAAAUCGGGAUACUUGAAUCCAUUUUCAAUUCGGGUAUGGUUAACCCGCCCCGAGACGAGAUCAGAAAAAUUAGGGCACAGUUGCAGGAGUUCGGCCAAGUCGGAGAUGCCAACGUUUUCUACUGGUUUCAGAACCGCAAAUCCAGAAGCAAACACAAGCACCGCCAGAACCUCCACCACACCCCCAAAUCUCGUCACCCACCGCCGUCCGCCGCCGCCGCCGCUCCUCCUCCGUCUUCAUCCUCGUCCUCCUCCGACAAAUCAUCACCGAAUAACUCGAGCGAGAAGUCCCUAUCCGUCGGUCCGAUCACUGUGAUCGACUUGCUGAAUUCGCCCACUGCUUCCGUCAACCAGCCCUUCUUCCAUGCGAACAACGCCAACGAGUUCUUGGCGGAACCCUUCUUUUUCCCGGCGGUGCAGCAGAACGCCGGAGCAACCCAAUCUCCUCCGCCGUCUUCUAUAACACAAGGGUUUUACUUUCCCGAUAAUAUUGUGGCCGAUCAGAACACAGUCCCGAGUAACUUUCUACUGAGUGAGCUGAUGCUUAUGGGCCAUUACCCAUCUUCAAAGAAAGAAGAAGACGACAAGCUCAAAUUCCAUCAACAAAAUCUGAGUAACUACGCUUCAACUUCUGCACCACCAAACCCUUGUCUUCCUCCACCUUUUUCUGUGCCAUCCAUUAAUCAAAUUCUUCAAGGUGUAGGAGAAACGGUGGGGCCCACAAGAUCGACGGUGUUCAUAAACGACGUGUGCUUUGAGGUUGGAUAUGGACCGUUCAGUGUGAGGGAAGCAUUUGGUGAUGAUGCGGUGCUGAUUCAUUCCUCCGGCCACCCUGUUCUCACUAACGACUGGGGUGUUACCCUUCAGCCGCUUCAGCACGGCGGCUUCUACUAUCUCUCCCGCCCUUUUGCCCCUCCUUCUCCCGUUGACCGCACUAUUGAUUUGAUUUAGAAGAAACGAGCUAGGGGAUGGAUGGAUGGAUGGAUCAGAUUUCUAAUUUUCGUGGCUUUUGUGGUUGUUUUCGUAAUAUUUAGUUUAUCAUAUAAUAUAAUAUAAAAUUAAUUGAUGUAUGUUGUGAACAAUAGUAGUCACUACGUAUGGUUUAAGAACCGAACCACCUUAAUUAAUUAGUUUGCUUCCUUUU